AUGCUGCCGCCGGGGAGUUAUAGAAUCAAAAUAAUACAAUACUGUAAUCCUCAUUUAAUCUGGGUAGACAGAGACAAUGUUUUAGAGCAAAUUGGUAUCUAUGGUAUUGUACCACAUGGAAAAACAUUAGCGUUCAAUCCAGUAACAAAUUCAUACUACUUCUCGGAGUUUGACGUCGACAAGUGGCUGCCAGCUGCAACAAAUCUUAUGAAGGAGUUCUUUGCAGAUGCAACAGAGAUAUGGUUUUCAGUGAUACAUUUGGAUGAUGAUUGUAUAUUCGACGGAAAGCACAAAUAUGGCGAUAUUUAUUGCAAUACUAAGUCUGGUCUGAAAAAUCUGUCAACAUAUCUAACAAAGUCAUCGUUUGCAAUUAUUGAUAAAGGUGUGUUUCAUGAAAAGUUAUCACAGAAGCUGCACACCAAGCUGAAUUAUUCACACAUGAGAGAUGUUAUUAGAAAUCUUAAUGCAUAUUAUAAAAAAAAUACGAACAAAUUUGAAUUAUACGAAAAGGAUUUAAAUAUGAAUAAAUGUGAUGCGCUGGAAGAGGUCAAUUGGAAAUUCGGAAAGAAAGGGACAGACAAAGAUUUUGUUAUGAAAAAGUUUUGCCAGAAAAUGGAUGAAAAACCAAGGAAUAUGAUGAUGUUUAAGAAAUUGGAAAUGUUGCAAAUAUGGAAGAGGAAUAUGGAGGCAGAGACAAAAAUUUCAACAGCUAAAGAAGACAAAGAACCGAAUAUUAAAAUUAAUGAAGAAAUUAAGAAUGAAAGUUUUAAUGUCAGACCAACGCAAAAAAAGAAAUUUAAUGUAUUAGAAUCUGAGAAAGCUCUCAAAAUGGAAAAUAAUAGCGAUGAUAAUAUUGAUGAUAUAAUGCAAUAUAUUGAUACAAAAUAUCCAAAAAGAAAUAUAAAAAUGAGUAAAAAUGUAAUAAAACAUGAAAAAAUAGAUUUAAACACUAUAACCUCUUCAAUGUGUAGUUUUGUCGAUAAUAUAGUUACGCCAGUCAUAAUGGUGCAUUCGAAAUUAAAAAAAUAUAGAAGACCCAUAUUUACAAUGCGGGACAUACCAUUCAAUGAACACAUACAGAUUGUGUUAAAAAAAAUGUCCAUCACGCGGCCAAUGUCGAUACAGUCCAUCACUUGGCAUACGAUUCUAAGGGGACACAGUAUUUUCAUCAUAGGCCCUAAGUUUUGCGGUAAAACUAUGGGUUAUCUGGCAAGUGUCUGCCGUUUAAUUAGUGAUGGGACACCUGAAAUCAGCAAUUGUGUUGGUCCUAUAUGUAUCAUCGUCUGUGCUACAGCUGAAUCCGUGGCUCAAAUCGAAGAGAACGCUAAAAUGCUUCUUGGGUUGAAAGAUCGGAUUCUAGCUGUGUAUUCUGGGGUAGAUGAUAUGUUUAUUGCCACGAGUCUUCUGAAUGGGUGUGAUCUGUUAAUAUCCACACCAUCGGUUUUAGUUCGGUUGUUGCAAGAUAAUGAUUUUGGUGUUGACUUACGAAGGAUCAGAAUCAUCGUUCUGGAUGAUUGUGAACGAAUGAACGAAGUUUAUAGAAGAGAACUUAAAUUCUUUCUUCACAAAAUUAAAGAGGUCGAAAUUUCCAAGUCUAAUAAGGAGCUUAAAGUUCAAUUUGUCGUUGCGUCCAGGAUUUGGUGCGAUUUUAUGGAACCGCUAGCGAAGAAAGUUCCUGAUGCUGUUAUAAGUAUCGGUGCAUUCACGGAAUGCGUGAUCUAUUCGAAGGCGAAAAUGACAGUUAGCUUUGUGAAAAAUGAUAAAGUUGGGUCUGUCUUCGAGUUUCUGGAUGAAAUCGAUGCAUCAAAAAAAGUAGUGAUUGUGUGUAGAUUGGAUGAUGAAGUAAAAAUUCUGGAGAAGGGGUUGAAAUGUCGCCAAAAUUACAUAUUUGCAUGUAAUAAUGAAAUGACCCUGUCGGAUCUUCACAAUAUUAACUCGAGCUGGAAUGAUUAUGACGCACCUUUGAUAGGCCCGAUUCUUAUUUGUACAGAUGAGAAUUUAACCCAUCUCAAUAUUACCGAUGCAAAUUAUCUCGUCCAUUACUCUCUACCCAAAGCGUAUUUGUUCUUUAGAAAACGAUUUUUCGUUUUGAACGACAAAUACCCGUCGAUAUUUCAUUCAAACAACGAUUCUGUCAAAAUUAAAAUUAUCCUUGACAAAGUGAAUACGGAGGAAUUGCCGAAGAUUUUAAACUUCGUAAAGCGAUGCACUAAGGAUAUUCCACCUGUUCUGGAUGAAAUCUCCAGUAAAAUACUAGCUAAAAAGGAUGUGAUGAAGGCUGAAACAUUAGUACCGAUUUGCGGUAACCUUUUAACCUUGGGUUAUUGCCCCGAGUUCUACGACUGUCGGAAUCGUCAUUCGGUGUUAAAGGGCCACGAUGAUCCACCUAAAUGGGUUCCUCGAUAUGGGAUUGUUACUUUUAAAAUCAUUCAUCUCCACACAGCUGUUAAUUACUCCGCUCGCCUGUUAACUCACAUUGAGAAUAGUGAACAAAUCAAGUACCCCGCGAUGCACACCAUUUCUAUUAAACUUGGCAUGUAUUUCGGUAAUGUUGCGAACAGACAACUUCACGGUAUACCAAAAGUAGGCGAUAUCUGCGCUGUGUCGGUGAAACUGGAUUCGUUCGCGAGGUGUCAAGUCGUAAAAAUUAUUUCCCGAACUCGCAGUUUCUACCGAGUGUUGAUAAAGCUAUUGGAUGAGGAGAAGUAUGAGGAAACAAGAGAUAUAUAUUUAUAUCAUUUGCCGGAGAGUCUAAUUUCUAUUGAAACGUAUACUGUGCAAAUUCGUUUGGUAAAUCUCAAACCAAAAGAUAAUGAUGUGACGUUUUCACCACUGGCUCUAAAUAAUAUUAAAAGCCUUGUUGGUGAUGAAGAUUCUUACGUAAGAGGCCGUAUUGUUGGUGUAAUUGGAAACUGUCUCUUUCUUGAUACGUUAGAAGUAUGUGAAAACCUUACAUCGUUAGACCAAGUCGUUGUUAAGCAUGACUUGAAACAGGAACUUCUACAAACGCAUGCAGAAGAAUACACUGAUCAUAUUAAUAAAAUUAAAGAGUUGUGUGGUCCAAACUUUUCAAAAGUCUCUACCUCAGUCCCGGUGAAGAAGUCUAAGAAAAAUAAAGGAAAAGGCACCUGGGCGCAUUUGAAUAUUGGUGAAAUAGAGGGAGUUUUUAUUACUGCCGUAAUAAAUCCCGAGCAGUGCUUAGUACGUGUCAGUAAAUUCGAACCGUGCAUGCAGGUUUUAUUAAAAGAUAUUGAAACAUAUAUAGACAGCAACCCGGAACCGUUGAUAGAUGCGGAAGUGGGUGAUAUAAUACUGGCGAAAUUUCCUGACGACGAUAUAUACGAACGUGCGAGAGUCGAGAAAGUUGAAGGAAACAUGAUAAAUUGUUUCUUUGUGGAUCAAGGCGACUGGGCGUAUGUUCCAUUAAAAGACGCGAUGCCUAUAGCAGAUAAAUUAAUUAAUAAACUCCCUUUCCAAAGCAUUGAAUGUCGUCUUAUAGGUGUCAAACCAGCUGGAAAUGUUUGGACAGAUUUCUGUAAUACAUGGCUAUCGAACUACGCGGAUGAGGGAACAAAGCACUUCUUCGCUAAACCUUUUAAUAAACAACCGGCCACUACUACUGGUGGCAAUAAAUACUCCAUCGCAUUAGUAGAUACAAGUUCCAGCGCUGAUAUUAUUAUUAAUCAAUUGAUGCUGGACUUAAACUUAGCAAGCACAUUGGAAGAUGAAAUUGAUUACCUUAAAGACGUCGUGCCAAACACGAAAACGCCUGAAGAUUGGAAAAAUCUAGACGAACCUACACCAAAUAUUUCAAAUGCCUCGUCUAUGCCUAAACUAAUACGAUCAGUUCCUUUGAUUGAGUCUGAUUGUGAUUCAAACCAAUCAGAUCCCUGGGAAAUGUACAACGUGGCUGACUUUGCCUCCUACUUAAAGCAACCCCAAAACACAAAGCAAGCUAAACAAAAUCUUCCAGCGAUAAUGCCUUUAGCCGAUAAUGCAGAUGAAUCCAUUUCAAGUGAUAAUACCAUCUCUAUUGAUCUUUCAGUAUCUAAGAGUAACGAUUUAGAUUCAGACGACACCGUGUCUUCGACAAAACCACAAUGCGCCAUCCUUGAUGAAACACGACAGCCCAAGCUCCUAUGGCGUCAGGAUAAAGCCGUUGUGCAGAUAAAAAUACAACUAAUUGGCGUAGAAGAAUAUGAAAUGGCAAUUAAGGAUCGGUCAAUAAAAUUCUCAACGCAUUUGCGUGGGACGACAUACGCGUUUGACUUUGAACUUUACGGCGUUGUUGAUACGGGAAAAAGUUCACAUUCAAAUAAGGGGCAAUAUAUAUUGGUGAAGCUGGUAAAAAUUUUGCAAAAAAAUUGGGGUACUCUUGGAAAUUUCGAUAGAAUUAAGCGAUGGAUUGUCUAUGACGUUGACAAUUUGGAUGCGUCGUCUGAUGAAGAAGUUGUGGAUGAUUCUAUAGUGAACAUUGUUAAGGAAUUGCAUGAGAGGGAAGAUACAGAUAGUGAUGAUGAUGUGGAUUUUAUAUAUUAUUAA